AUGGUGCUCCUAGGCGGCCUGGAGCUCGUUGCGGCAGGAUAUAUCCUCAAGGAGAUCGGGAAAGACAGUAAAGCCGAAGAGGAGGAGAGGGAGCGACAACGCGAGCGUGAGAAGCGCCGCAGGAGGCGCCGCCAUUCUCGCGACGAUCAUGACCACCACCACCACGGCCGGUACGAGGGCUCGCCGCCCAGUCGACCCAGCCGGCCUCAGUAUCAGCAACAGCAACAGCAGGCCUCGCAGCAGCUCAGGCCGCCUCCGCACCCUGCUGGGCCUCCACGACCGUACAGUGCGCCGCCGCCACAGAAUCGUCCACCGCUGGUGACGCCGUCCCCUUCGGGAUGGCAGCCUCCUCAACAACCACAUCCUUUUUCAUCUCAACCCCAGUUCCAUCCCCCGCUACAGAGCCAGGGAACUUGGCCGCAGCAGCAACCGCAACUGCAACAGUGGCAGCAACCGCAACGGCCACAGCAAAUACCUGUCCAACGCCCCAACGGUAACAGCAACAACGUCUUUGUUCCACAGCCCCCCCAACCCUCGGCGACCUGGUACCCUCCGCCAGGAAUGCACAUCGACCUCAAGACCGGCAAGGUCCAGACGAACAUGUACCCGCCCGAGAUGCUCGAGACUCAGACCUCAAACCAACCGCAGAAGCGGCGAGACACCGCAGAUAGCCGCGACCAGAACCGCAACGACGGGCGACAGCAGCAGUGGGGACAUUCCAUUUCAUCAACCUACACCCAGCCGCAACACAGCUACUCGCAGCCUCAGAUCAACGUUACGCCCGCGGCAAUGGCUGCAGACCAAGGGCGGCCCUCGUUCUCCAGUCCGCCACCACCACAAGGUUUUGCUGAACUUGAUGCCGAGACGCCCGGGCGGUAUAGAUUAUACGGGCACGAGAAGUCGAGGACCAAGUCAAAUUCAUUCUCGGGUCGUCACGCCCGGGACCAAUAUGACUAUGAGCAUGAUUUGCACGAUCCCCCGCCGGCGUAUCGGGAGUAG